CCCGCCAGCCGUGUCCGGCCCGUCCCGCCGCGGGCCCGCAGCCGCCCCCCCAUGCCGAGCAGCUCGGACACGGCCCUGGGCGGCGGCGGCGGCGGGUCCGGGUCCGGGUCCGGGCUGAGCUGGGCCGAGAAGAAGCUGGAGGAGCGCCGCAAGCGCCGGCGCUUCCUGUCCCCGCAGCAGCCGCCGCUGCUCCUGCCGCUCCUGCAGCCGCAGCUCCUGCAGCCGCCGCCGCCGCCUCCGCAGCCGCCGCCGCCCCCGCAGCCGCCGCCCUCGCUGCUCUUCCUGGCGGCCCCGGGCCCGGCCGCCGCCGCAGCCGCCGCCGCCGCGGCCUCCUCGUCCUCCUCCUGCUGCUUCAGCCCGGGGCCGGGACCGGGGCCGCCGGGGCUCGAGCUCAAGCGGCUGCCCAGGGGGAAGAGGCGCGCCGCGGCCCGGCAGAAGCGGCGCCGCGGGGCCCGCGUCGGGCAGGAGGCCGAGCGGCGCCGGCUCUUCCCCCCGCCGCCGCCGCGGCGGCCGCAGGACGGGGGCGGCGGGGCCGGGCCCGGGGCCGCCAGCCCGCCCGCCGCCGACUACGACGACGUGAGCUCCCAGUCGGAGCAGGGCCUGGGGCCGCCCGGCGCGCCGGGGGCCGGGGCUGGGCCCGGGGGCGGCGGGGCUAGCCCGGCCUCGUCGCCCGGGGCGCCGGCGCGGCGCGGGGGCUCGUCGGAGCGCAGGCCGCGCCGGGAGCACCGGGGCAGCGGGGGCGGCGGAGGCGGCGGCGGGGGCCGCAGCAAGGAGCGGCACCGCGAGCACCGGCGGCGGGACGCGCAGCGCGCCGGGGCCGGCGAGGCCUCGGCCAAGUCUCGCGGCCGUCACGGCCACGGCGAUGACCGCGCGUCCGAGGCCUCGGCCAAGGGCGGCGGCGGCGGCGCGGCGGCGCGGGGGCGCCGCAAGAGCGCGUCGGGCGCGUCGGGCCGCAAGGAGCGCGACUCGAAGGCGCACCGCAGCCGGACUAAGGCGGCCAAGGAGCCGCCCUCGGCCUACAAGGAGACGCCGCGGGCCUAUCGCGACGACAAGAGCGAGCCCAAGGCCUACCGGCGCCGCGCGCGCUCUCCCAGCCCGUCCGGCGCCCGCGAGGACGGUGCCCUGCGCGGCCGCAAGUCCCCAAGCAGCCCGGUGGGCGGUGGCGGCAGCAGCCCGUACUCGCGGCGCGGGCCGCGCUCGCCCAGCCCUUACAGUCGCCGCCGCUCGCCCAGCUACAGCCGCCACAGCUCGUACGAGCGCGGAGGGGACGUGUCGCCCAGCCCGUACGGCGGCAGCAGCUGGCGCCGCUCCCGGAGCCCCUACAGCCCGGCCGUCAGACGAUCUGCCAAGUCGAGGAGCAGAAGCCCUUACUCAUCUAGGCAUUCGAGGUCCCGCAGCAGACAUAGGUUAUCUAGGUCCCGGAGUCGCCACUCUAGCAUUUCUCCUAGCACUCUGACUCUGAAAAGUAGCCUGGCUGCCGAGUUGAACAAGAACAAGAAAGCCAGAGCCGCGGAAGCAGCCAAAGCUCACGCCAAAGCGUCUAACACCUCGACGCCCACCAAAGUGGGGAGUAUCGACCCUGCAGGCGGCAGCAUGCCCCAGGCCAACCACGUGAAGGAGCUGAAGAAGCUUAAGGCCGAACACACGCCUUCUCCCACCAGCAGCGGAACUCUGAAGAAUGACAAGGCAAAAGCAAAGCCCCCUCUGCAGGGAGCAAAGGUGGAAAAUAACUUGAUUGUAGACAAAACCAAGAAGUGUGUUGUGGUGGGUAAAGAGAGCCAGCCGGCUGUGGUGAAGGAGGAGCCAGCAGUACUGAAAGAGAAAAGCAAACCUCGCACCCCGAGCUUGGGCACCAAGGAGAAGGAGCACCACGGGCCUCUGGUGACCUCCACUUUACCACCUUUGCCUUUUCCUCCCCUGCUGCCUGAAGACAAAGAUGCUGACAGCUUACGUGGGAACAUUUCAGUAAAGGCAGUGAAAAAAGAAGUUGAAAAGAAGCUGCGCUGUCUGCUCGCAGACCUGCCUCUGCCCCCCGAGCUCCCAGGAGGGGACGACUUCUCCACGAGCCCCGAGGAGAAGAAGGCCUCUGCCCCAGCGCACAGUAAGAGAAGGCCCAAAAUAUGUGGGCCUCGCUAUGGUGAAAUAAAAGAAAAGGAUAUUGACUGGGGAAAGCGCUGCGUGGAUAAAUUUGAUAUCAUUGGAAUUAUUGGAGAAGGCACCUAUGGGCAAGUUUACAAAGCCAGGGAUAAAGAUACAGGAGAAAUGGUGGCCUUAAAAAAAGUGCGGCUAGAUAAUGAGAAGGAAGGCUUCCCCAUCACAGCCAUCCGAGAGAUCAAGAUCCUCCGGCAGCUCACCCACCAGAGUAUCAUCAACAUGAAGGAGAUCGUGACAGACAAGGAAGACGCCUUAGAUUUUAAGAAGGACAAAGGUGCAUUUUAUUUGGUGUUUGAAUACAUGGACCAUGACCUGAUGGGACUCCUGGAAUCAGGCUUGGUUCAUUUUAAUGAAAAUCACAUAAAGUCAUUCAUGAGACAGCUGAUGGAGGGUUUGGAUUAUUGCCAUAAGAAGAACUUUUUACAUAGAGAUAUUAAGUGUUCAAAUAUUCUACUAAACAAUAGAGGGCAGAUAAAGCUAGCCGACUUUGGACUUGCUCGAUUAUAUAGCUCAGAAGAAAGUCGGCCAUACACCAACAAAGUGAUCACUUUAUGGUACCGGCCCCCGGAACUUUUGCUGGGAGAGGAGCGAUACACCCCUGCAAUUGAUGUCUGGAGCUGUGGAUGCAUCCUUGGAGAACUCUUCACUAAAAAACCAAUAUUUCAAGCCAACCAGGAACUUGCCCAGUUAGAAUUGAUAAGCCGAGUGUGUGGGAGUCCGUGUCCUGCGGUAUGGCCAGAUGUCAUCAAGCUUCCCUACUUCAAUACGAUGAAGCCGAAAAAGCAGUACCGCCGGAAACUUCGAGAGGAGUUUGUCUUCAUCCCCACAGCGGCGCUGGAUUUAUUCGAUUACAUGCUGGCUUUGGAUCCUGGCAAACGCUGCACGGCGGAGCAGGCCCUUCAGUGCGAGUUCCUGCGAGAUGUAGAGCCCGCCAAGAUGCCGCCACCUGACCUUCCUCUGUGGCAAGAUUGUCACGAACUGUGGAGCAAGAAGCGCAGAAGGCAGAAGCAGAUGGGGAUGACCGAGGAUGCGUCUUCCGCCAAGAUCCCUAGGAAAGACCUGUCUCUGGGCCUGGAUGACAGCAGGACCAGCACCCCCCAGGGCAUGCAGGCGAACUCACAACCCAAAUCUCAGGGCAGCGCCAGUGUAGCACUUGGUGAAAAACAGACAGAUCCACCAACCCCCCAGCAGGAGUCUUCAAAACAGCCAGGAGGAGGAAUGCAGCUGUCGACUCAGCCCGUGCAGCCAAAAGUAGAGACUGACGCUGCCCAGGCAGCUGUGCAGAGUGCGUUUGCAGUUCUCCUGUCGCAGUUAAUCAAGGCCCAGCAGUCUAAGCAGAAGGAUGCAGCCAUGGAAGAGAAGGAGAACGGAGCCGGCCACGAGCUGUCUCUGCAGCUGCGGCAGCCUCCAGAGCCCAGCCCUCCUCUACUGGGGCAAGAUGAACACGUCAAACACGCAGAGAUGAGGAUGUUGGAGAGAACCCCAGAACAGGAGCGCCCACGAAUCCUGCCUCCAGACCAGCGCCCCCCAGAACCCCCUGAGCCACCCCCCCCUUCUGAAGAAGAUCUGGAUUAUCGGACAGAAAACCAGCAUGUGCCCACGCCCAGUUCUUCAUUGACUGACCCUCAUGCUGGAGUGAAGGCUGCUCUGUUGCAGCUCCUUGCUCAACAUCAGACCCAGGACGACCCCAAAAUGGAAACAAGUAUGGAUUAUCAGGCAGGCGACACCUAUGUUCCAAGUUCAGACUACAAGGAUAAUUUUGCAUCCUCUUCUUUCUCUUAUGUUAAUGACGGUUUAGGAAGUGGAUCUGUUCCAGCCCUAGAAAGACGAAGCUUCAUUGGAAACUCAGAUAGACAGUCUUUGGAGACCUACAGCGCGGCUUCAUCUCAUUCUGGGGGUCCGCCUCAGCCGCCUGCCUUUUCAGAAUCCUUCUCCAGCUCCGUAGCUGGGUAUGGAGACAUUUACCUCAACACUGGUUCCAUGUUGUUUAGUGGAGAUAAGGACCAUAGAUUUGAGUAUAGUCAUGGCCCAAUUGCAGUUCUGGCCAAUAGCAGUGACCCUGCCACGGGGCCUGAGAGCACUCACUCUUUGCCAGCCAAGAUGCACAGCUACAACUAUGGGGGCAAUUUGCAGGAAAGCCCAGUGGGCCCUAGCCUUCUGCACGGACAGACUUGGCCUUCCCCUGCCCAGGGCCCUGGCUAUUCCCAAGGAUACAGGGGACAUAUUAGCACAUCAGCAAGCAGAGGUCGAGGCAGAGGGUUGCCGUACUGAGUAUCUGUUUUUCCUCAGGCACAUCGUUUUUAUCUGGAAAGACUUUUCCUAGCUGCAGUUUCAGGCAGCAGUCCAACAGACUUGAAUAAUGUUAAUUCAACAACAGCUUUAUUUUUUAUGUGGAAAAGGGUCUUGCAUACAAUAGUUAAAAAAAAAAAAAACAAACCUCACACACAAAAAACCCACCUUGGCUUAAAUUCAUGCUGUUCUGAAAACUAGAUCUCCUGACUGUACAUCUUCAGAUUCUAGUUAGCAAUUUUAUUUUGUAUUUUCGCAGGUAUUAGUGUAUGCUAAACUUGGGGACACGAGCAUUUUAUGACCCUAUUGCAGAUCUUCUGAACUAUGCACAUUUGUGCUUUUUUUUGUAAGUUUGGACCAACUUUUA